GCCCCACCAGCUCCACCUCCAGAUCCGCGGCGAGGCCCCGCGGCGGCCCUCUGAAAAAGCGACGUAACCAGGGUCGGCGCGCGUAGUCCAGGUCCGACGGGCCGCGCGUCAACAGCUAACCACAACCUUCGAUUUUCGGGGACCGCGUGACACAAGAGUUAUGGGGCCCGCGCAGCACCGGCUCCUGCUCUCCUCGGCGCUCCUCUGCCUCCUCCUCCACGCCACCUGCCUUGGACAGCAGUUUCAACAGCGUCAAAACCAAUAUAACCAUCGAGGACAAAAUCGUUUCGACGCGAGACACAAUCCCUUCUUCACUCAGCAGCAGCAACAACAACAACAACAACAACGAUACCAGGAACCGAGGAAUUUGGAUGUAGGUUCAGGCAUAGGUGGUGUUGGAGCAAAUUGUCCGGAGCCCAACGGUAGGUUUCCCGUUGCCUCGCAAUGUGACGCAUACAUCGAGUGCAUUGACGGGAUCGCCGAGGAGAAGCUCUGCCCCGAGGGUCUGCUUUUCAAUCCAGAGGCAAGGUUCAACUAUCCCUGCGGCUAUCCAAUUGACAUCCAGUGCCUUGGGAGAUCGGCUCUUCAACCGGCUAAACCCACUGACGACUGUCCUCAUCAAUAUGGAUAUUUCAAGAUAGGCGACAGGCAAAAUUGUGGUCAAUUUAUGAAUUGUGUCGAAGGCAGAUCUUAUAUUUUCAAUUGCCCCGAAGGUCUAGCAUAUAAUCCUGAAUCUUAUCGCUGCGAUUGGCCCGAUCAAGUACCCGAUUGCGACGCUGAAGCUUUUCUUGGCUUCACUUGUCCCACUGUCAAUCAAAAUCAAUUCUUCAUUCCCGAAGUACGAUUCUAUAAAAGCCCCUCGGAUUGUCAACAUUACUAUUUCUGCGUAGAGAACAGACCACGUCUUCAAAAUUGUGGCGAGGGUCACGCUUUUAACGAACUUAUCGGUGCUUGCGAUGCAGCUGAAAACGUUACUGGAUGCGAACCUCCUCAGGCUUUUGAUACGAAUUUUCAACGGGAGCUAUUCGAUCAACCGCAACAGAAUCAAUUAUUGCUAAACUCGAGAAAAAAUACUGGAAUAGCACGACGGAAUGCUAAAACUGACCGACAUGAUGGACAAUACAGGACAGGGAAUUUCAAUUCUUUCAAAUGAAUAAUCGGACAAGGCCUGUUAGAUUAAAAUUGUCAAGACGUUGCUUUGACGACCCUUUACAAAUGGACCAAAUUCUAACCAAGAGAAUUGGACAAUAUGGUUGACUAUUUAUAACGAAGAGCAAUAGUGUCGAAUAUGUAUUUUUACCCCUAUUUUGUUAAUAACUAG